AUGAUUCCAUUGGAUUGGUUUGCUGCCGGCAGUGCAGGAACAUAUCUAUUAACUGUAAUGACCAUUUCUAUAGCGGUUUGUUUUCCACUUGGCUUAAUUACAUUAAAUUAUUCACAAGUUGAUAAACUAUGGAGUUUACUACCACCAGUAUAUUGUUUGAUUGUUGUUUUAACGGCACCAUUUCAGCCUCGUAUUCUUCUAAUGAAUAUUCUUGUUUGGAUGUGGGGUCUUCGUUUAACAUAUAAUUUCGUACGAAAAGAUGGUUAUACAUGGUCUGGCGAAGAUUAUCGAUGGCCGGUGUUGAGAGAAAUUGUUAAAAAUCGCUUUCUUCUUGAAUUAUUUAAUUUAGUAUUUAUUUCAAUUUUUCAAAAUUUUCUUCUUCUAUUUAUUGCAUCGCCAAUCUUCUACGUAGCCUAUCAUCCAUCAGAAUCAUUGAAUCAAUGGGAUUUAGUUUGCACAUUAUUAUUCUUAUUUUUUUUCAUUAUUGAAGUUACUGCUGAUCAACAACAGUGGCUUUUUCAUGCAGAUAAAAAAGCAAAUAAACCGUGGACAAAAGAUGGUUUUCUUAAAACAGGCCUUUUUAAAUAUUCACGACAUCCUAAUUUCUUCUCGGAAAUGUGUUUAUGGUGGAUUUUUUAUGCAUUUACAUUUUCUGUUCGACCAUCUUCUUAUAUUAAUUGGACAAUUUUGGGUACAGUGUCAUUAACGUGUUUAAUGAAUGGUUCAACAGCUUUUACUGAAUCGAUUAGUUGUAGAAAGUAUCCGAAAUAUAAACAAUUUCAACAGGCAACAUCAAAACUUAUACCAUGGUGGCCUUCAAAGAUGGCUGAUUAA